GACAUUUGACAUAACAAGAACUUCAAAUUUUGAAUUAUGAAAAUAAAGUUCGUUGUACAUUCAACAAAAUAAUUAAAACGAUCUUGAGUGUAGUUCCUAGUAUAUUAAUGUAACAAUAUCAUUACAACAAUGGCCAUGUACUCAGCAGAUGAAAAUCUUAGUGAUGACGAAGUAUAUUUUGGAAAGUUAUCUUUAAAAGAAGUAAAGAAACGUAUUUUAUGCAAUAAUUUUCGGCAAACUUUUUCGUGUUCUACUGAUAACGAUAAAUUUGUAAACGACGAAAGUAUUAGUGUCAUCGAGACGCAUUCGGAGCCCGAUAUAUAUUCCGGUAGAAACGCCAACGCGGUCUUAGAUCGUUAUUCAAAUGCUAACUCUAUUCCAAGGGCUCCUUCAGACUGGGAUGUUAAAUCUACAGAUGAUAGUUUUUUAAAACUAGAAGAAAUGGUAACUGAAAUGUAUACAUCCCCAAAGACAAAUGUGAAUAAUGUAUUAGAUAAUACUUUAGAAGUCGUCGAAUAUAUUUUGAAUAAUGCUCAUUUGAAUGAUAACGAAAAUAAAAAAGCUGAGGGCAAUAUUAGUCAAACAGAAAAAGAAACUAAAAGUAACAUUCCAGAAAUAUUUACAAGUACAAUAAACGGUAAUAAUGAUAUAGAAAUAAAAAAAGAAAAUUUAAGUGAAAAGAAUGUAAAAGAACAUGGAAAUAAAAAUAUUGAAUCUAAAACAAUAACUGAUGUACAAGUAGAAAAAUUAUAUGAAACACCUUUAAAAUCCUGUAACUCGCAGAAACAUGUUCAAAGUGUAAAGACUGAAGGUAUAUCAACACCAUUUGUUGAAACAAAAUGUUCUAAGGAAAUAUUUAAAACACCAAAGAAUCCCUUAUCAUCGAAAAAGUAUCAACUGUCGUCUACAAAGAGAACACCUGGUAAAAUUAAUGCCUAUCAACAUAUUACUAGUCCUGUAGCAUCAUAUAUCAAGAAUGGUCCACAAGUUCCACUGUUGAGGGAUGUACAUCCAAAAAAACCCUUACCUGGUUUAUCAUCUAUUCCUAAGUUUGUAAAAAGCACAAGUGAUAUUAAAUUAGGCAAUAAAGAAAAUGUCUUGCUACCCUCGCUUGCUUAUAGAAGUGCCAAAAAAACGAAAGUGAUAACAAUACCUGACAAAGAGAAGUUGCCAGAGAGUCCAUGGGCUAAAAGAGUAGCUUCUUCGUUACCAAAACCUGUCAUAAUUAAACAUGAUCAUAGAGAAAUGAAUGCAGUGAAAAAGUCUCUGUUAUCACAUCAAGAAGACAGCUUCGCCGACCUAACACUACACCAAGCGGAUUUGUCUGUGUGUACUCAAAAAUCUGCUGUAAAUAAGCCCUUAUAAGUCUGACUUUAUUAUAUUGAAUUUUGACUAAUAAAAAUAGUAUUUCAAAUGAUGUAUUUUCAAUAUAACCGAAAGGCAUAUAAUAUAAU